GCGGGGCUUCCGCUUCGUCCGCGGCCGGGCUCGAGCGGAGCUGAGGAGCGGAGCGCUUCUUUUUCUCUCUGCUUUUUUUUUUUCCUUUUCACCGUCGCUUCAUCUGGAGGCAAGCGGAGCAACGCAACGAGGCCACGAAUCCUAGCGGAAACCCCCCUACUGCAGUCGCGUGCACCGAGAAGAAAACAAACAAACAAAACAAAACAAAAUCAAACAAACCAGUAUUUUCAACGAUGUCCGAACCGCGGUACCGAGAGUGGAUCCUGGAGACAAUCGACUCGCUGCGCUCGAGGAAAGCGCGACCGGACCUCGAGAGGAUCUGUCGGAUGGUGCGCAGGAGACACGGCUCAGACCCAGACCGCACGCGGGCCGAGCUCGAGAAGCUCAUCCAGGAGCAAACUGUGCUGAAAGUUAACUACAAGGGCUCUGUGUCGUACCGGAACGCAGCCAAAGUGCAACGGAAAUGCCGACGGAAGGUCGAGCAGGCGGGCGAGCGCACCAAACACGCCGCUUUCGACAACAGUGGCAGUAGUAGUAACGCCAAGAACGACAACAUCAGCGCGCGCAGUCCCGCGGACCUGGAGGCGCUCGAGCUGACGCCGUGCAGAGAUCCCUCACCCAGCAGCUGCUCGCGCUCCGCUGAAGAGAAACGGGAAGAAGAAGACGACGGAGAAGAAGAAGAAGAAGCAGCGGUUGUAUCUCCUGCGACAGGCGGAAUCAGCAGUUUAACGAGUUGCGACGGGAGAAAUGGCUCGUGUGACACCUCCAGUCCCGCCGCUGGACGGGUCGAGGUAGAAGAGACGCGCUCUGUUCUCGGCCACGCGAGCAGCGACCUGCCCGAGCCCGAGCGGCGAACUUGCACGAGCGCUCGAAACAAUAAGCAACACGCGCCCCAACUCAGGGCUGUAAAGAGCAGUGUCAAAGCAGUAGAUCUGGGCGACCGGCUCGUGGCAGCCGUGUGGAGUCUCAGCGAGCGGAACAGCCGGGGUCACGCGCCGCUCGGGCUCAAAGAGAUCUUGGGCUACCUCGGCACGCAGGCCGCGCACGCGGACGGGGAGAAGCUGACCCGCCAUCGCGUCAAAGUGGUGCUGGAGCGUGAGAUCGAGAAAGGUCGCCUGCGCAGGACGCGCCUCGGUCACAUCACCGUGCCCGGGAGGAGGUGGGGGGGGAGCACGGGGGCGGCCAAGGCGUCCGAGGCGUCCGCGCGACUCCCGGCAAACACGAACAGCGCGCCGCAGGACGGGCGCAUCUCAAAGCAGGAAAAUGUAAAGGAGGAGGAGUCGAUGGAGGUGGAAUGUAAGGAGGCUGGAAAGAUGGACGAAGAAGAACCUGAGCCUCUGACCCAGCUCGAGCCACAGAACAUCAAACCUGAAGGAGAAGCAGAGGUCAAGGUUCAUGUACACACUCCACUUUCAGCUGGUGUGGAGGUGAAGGCAUGUGGAGGUAGUGUUACUGACACACCAGUGAUCAUGGAGGAGGAACUCCAGCCUUCCACGCUGUCAUCGCCAUCGAAACUGAGCUCAGCUCAUCAGGAAGCUGAACAGUGUGGCACUGAAGUUGAAAUGGCGGUGCAGGGAGAGUCCAUUCAUACAGAAAGUUUAACACAAGAUCAAAAAGAAGCCAUACCUGACCAAGUGCAAACACUCACACCGGAUGAACCGGUUGUUGUCUCAGAUGGUGUUACGAUUCCACCCUCUAUUACCAUUAAAAAUUAUUCAGUUUGUAAGGCUGAGGUGGGCGUGUCCUCCUGUCUGCUGACUCCAUCUGCCUCUCCAGGAGCGGCCGAAGAACGAGGGAUGAACGGAGGAGUUUUUGUAAAGUCAGAGUCAAGCAUCACAAAUCCGGUCGACUGGACAGUGGCAGACGUCGCCAGUUAUUUCACAGCGGCAGGAUUUCCAGAGCAGGCUCUUGCCUUCAGGAUGCAGGAGAUCGACGGGAAAUCACUCCUUCUGAUGCAGCGCAACGAUGUCCUGACUGGCCUGUCAAUCAGACUAGGCCCUGCCCUCAAGAUCUACGAGCGCCAUGUGAAGGUUUUGCAGAGGACCCAUUUCCAGGACGAUGAAGCGUUCUGCUGAGACACACACUCUCGGUUCGGUACAAACGCUCAGAUUUCUCUCUGGCACACAAUGGCGCUUUCUACUGAGAAACAAGAAACUCACAUACACACUCUGAUACUUCUGCACUCCAUUCUGGACUUUUCCUUCCCUAUAAACCGAAGAACAUUCCAGAUAUUUGUCUUAAAGAUACUAGCACACACUUGCAGACAUUAUUAUCUCUUUCCAUUCCUAUGAGGAUGAAGAACAUCCAGUGAGGCGUUAAAACGCCCCUGAGAUCACCCCACACUACAGAGUAACAAAAACAAAGGUGUUAUUUCUUUCAGGAUGGACUGCUUGCAGCUGAGAUGGAUUUGAGUCCUCAGCCCAUGAACAAUUACCUAGGGUCAAAUUCAGCAGUUGAUGCCACAGGCAUGUGUGAUGCCCAAUAGGGGGCAGCAGAUGGCUGGAAUACACCCUAAAACGGAAGAGUCUGCUGAGUGGAAGAUGCUACAUUUGAGGACUUCAUCAUGGUCUGAAAUCAGACUUUGUGUGCAGGAUUUCACACCAGCGCUGGACGUGCUUAGUCAACAGAACAACAUUUUCUUUUUUUGAGCAAGUGCUCACUGAGAUCUUUUAAAACAUAUUGCUGAGUCACAGUUUUUGACCUACAUAGCUGCGGCACUGCAUCUUGGUCUUCCCUAUGCAUAUGGCUUCAUGCCGUGUGCAGAGAUUCUAGAACAGAUUCUGGAAACCUCAGAGGUUUCAUUAGCAGGUUCUAGAAUCUCCCAUCAGAAAAUGAAAAUUAUUAUUGGAACCUAUCAUAUUCUAGACCAGCUUCUAGAAUCCUCCCAAAGACCAUUAGAAAGUUCUGGAUUCUGUAUCAGAAAAGGAAAACAAUUUAUAGAAUCUGUCAGAUUCUAGAACAGGUUGUAUAACCUCCCAAAGUUCCAUAGAACAUCCUAGAGUCUGGUAUCUAUGUAAGAAGAACUUGAUGAUAGCUAGAUUUUUUGUUCUUGCUGAGCUCAUAUGCAAGUGUACACUAUAUGGCCAAAACUAUGUGCACCUCGACCAUCACAUCCAUAUAUGCUGGUUGAACAUCUCAUUCCAGAUUUAUUCCCCUUUACUGUUAGAAUAAGCCCCAUUCUUCUGGAGCUUUCCACUAGAUGUUGGAGAGUGGCUUUGGGGGGUUGUGUUUAUUCAGCUACAAAGAGCAUUAAUGAAGUCAGCCAUUUAUGUCAGGCAAAGGGGGUCUGGGGUGCAGUCAGUGUCCUAGUUCAUCCCAAAGGUGUUCAUUGGGGUUGAGUCAGGGCUCUAUGCAGGACACUCGAGUUCUUCCACUUCAGCUUUAAUACACCAUGAAUUUAUUGAGCUGCUUUGUGCACAGGGGCAUUGUCAUGUUGGAACAGGGUUUGGGUCUCUUAGUUCCAGUCAAGGGAAUGUUGUAAUGCUACAGCACACAUAGACAUUCUAUACAGUUGUGUGCUUCCAUCUUUGAGGCAACAGUUUGAGGAAAGAACCACAUAGAUGUGAGGGUCAGGGGGUGCACAUAUUUUAACCAUAUAGAGUAGCUUGCAAAACGGAACUCCCUUUAAAAUGCUAAGCAGUUCUAUAAUGCUUAGUGUGCUAUAAAUUUCCAUUCAGAUCUGGAGUCCAUCAGCGAAAUCAUGUGGACCUAGAAAUCAUCACUGCAGACUGUUGUGCUUUGUACAUAUGUAAAUGUGACAUGAAUUCCACCUGUUCGAAUAAUGAAUUAAUGACGGGCUUCUCACCAGCAGUUUCAUCCUCCAUAAAAGCUCUCACCAUGGAUGUUCAGAAAGUGUUUUGUAUUUGGGAGAGCUGAUCUACAGUGUGUCUACUGUAACCAAGGUCACUAAAACAAGCUGAAGAAUCAAGAUGUGGAAACAGCUGGAUUUGUGGGUUAGCAAGCUUACUUCUUAUUUACAAUUGGAUCAAUGUGGAAUUUGCAUCCUUGUCCACACAAGUGAACUGGCUUUUUGACCAUGCAGUUUAAUUUCAUGUUCACUGUAGACAUUUGCUGACAAGUUCCAGUCGACAAAAAGGUUCUCUGCUCGUUUUUGAGCUACAAGUAUUCAUGCCAUGUCUGCUGUGGCUAAAAAAAUAACUGCAAUUUUAUUGUGGUCAUUUAUUUUGAGUCUUGAUUCACUUGAUUCACCUUUAGUAGUGUUUGGAGUGAAUAAUGUUGGACCAGAGGUGGACACACUGUUCAGUUUCGUUAACACACUGAUAAUCUGUUGGAUUUGAGAGCGCUUUUAGAAAGUGGGUCAUAUUUUAUUUGACAUUCCAUUUAAGACUCUUCGCUGAUGAAACGGCUGAUGUUACAUUUUAUUGAUGGGGCAUUUCAUAAACAGCUUGCUUCUGUACUUAAAACUGUAAUCUGACUGAAUACGUAAAUACUAUUCAUAACAAUAGUAUUAUUGUUAAUAUUGUAGUUAACAGUUUACCAUCAAGCGACGUUAGUUGUUGUACUUUUGAUGUAGAUAUCCAAAUAUGACGUUGCAGUGUUGCUAGUUGUAAAUGAGUGUAUUGCAAGUCACUUAUGAAGUGCUCUAUAAAUAAAAUGGUGAGUAGGAAACGCAAUAACAUCCUCAGUCAUUAAAAAAAAAAAUUCAGACUAAGAAAUAAGGUUGGACAAUAUGGCAAACAUGAUAAUAUCACAGUAACUAAAGGCUUUAUCAGAAUAUAUUUAUAUAUUCUGAGGUUUAACAUCAAAUAAACAAUAAACAGCUAGGUUAAUGGGAGCUAACUCAAUAAAAAAAAAACAUAGAUAAUGAUUUUAAUUACAUACCAGAUAACUUGCUUAUUGUUAGAGAGAUCAUGUUAAAGCAACAGUCAUUACGUACCUGGCUAAUAUGAGUGCAGCACUACAUUUUGGUAGCAUACUCGUCUAAGUAAUGAUGCUAAAUUAUUGCAUUUUGUACUUAAGGCCAGUAUUUCAUACUUACAAACUAAGCCAGAACAUAAGAGGCUUGGCUGAAUGCUAGACCCUACUAUCUGGAUGUACAAAUUUAUUUUAAUAAAAAUACCAUGUUGUCAUAUUGUCCACCUUAAACUUGGAUACAAUGUGUUGUGAGGGUUCAAAGGGAAAAUGAUGACUUUUUUUCUGACAUUUUUUUAAAGAGGCCCUGACGCUGUGUGUGACUUUCAACAGUAACUGUUUAUUACUUAUUUAUUACUUCAUGUUUUUAUAAAACUUCCUUUUAUGUGUUCUUGUCGUGUUGAGUAUAUUCAUGAUGCUUAUAGUCUUUAACAAGCCUCCUGUGUGAAUGUGAUAUGUAAGGUCCACUAUUUCAUUUGUUAACAGGAUUUUUACACAGUGUGUUUUUUUUAUAGACUGAAAGCAGUAGGAAUGAUGAUAGGAUGCAUUGAGGGAAGUCCAGAUUAAGAGACCAAAGUGAACACUGUGUGUUACAAGUACAUGUGAUGCUGUCUGAAUGAACUGAGAUUAUAUGCCAUCUUAAAAUCAAUUAAGUGGUGUGUGAGGUGGAUAUUCAAGUAGAUUUAUUCUGUUAAGUGUCUCACCCAUGGAUGGAUAAGCAUCACCUGAGAAAAUUGUUUAAAUAAUCAAUUAUUGACAGUAAACAGUUCCGGAUGUUUUAAGGUGGCUACUUAGAGAUCAAUUUGGUCAUUCUCAACUACAGCUGCCCAGCUGCUUUUUUUAUUUGUCUUGUCACCUUAUGAUCUAGCGAAAAGAAGAUAAGGUAGAUGUGUAAUGUUUAAAAAAAAUAGUCAGCUACUUCAACUAGCAUUGUUUUUAGGUGGCUUAGUCCACAGCUAGGUGACUGCCGAGAACGUGCAGGUUGUUUAACAGCAGCAUAAUUGUUGUUACAUUUUUGUAUGGCACUGUAAAAUCAAUGAUGCAAGUACAGGCCUAAUUGUUUAACUUGAUAUAUCAAUUCUCAGUAAUGACUUAAAAAAUAUCAAGCAAAGGUCUUGAGAUUAAUGGGACAAAUAAUAAUAAUUAUUAUUAUGUAAUAAUAACAAUAAAGAAAAAUAUAAAUAAUAAUAAUGAUGAUGAAAAUUAAUGGUUCCACCGAACCUUUGUGAGACUGAUCUGAUGUCCAUCUUUUAUUUGUACAUGUCACAUACAUGAUAACGAAACCAUUUUGUGAAUGCAACUCUUUGACUGUUAUUCUGUUUUAUUCUUUUGCACUAUAAAUGCUCUUUAGUGCCGUGUGUUUGUGGUAGGGUGUGUACGAUGUUCUCAUUAACUUGUCCCAGGAACAAGACAGUGAUGAAUGUGCACAUUAGUUUGAUCACGUCUGAAAUAGGUCCCACAUUUCUAUGCAUCAAGGCUUUGUGUCGUCGAGGCCUUACUUGUUCUCAUGCUGCUCUGUACCGUGUUUGGGUUUGUUGUGUCUGUAGGUUUAUACCUCAUCUGUGCAAUGUGUCAUGGCUUAUUAAUCGUCUGCUGUUACUUUUGUUAAGAAGGAAAAUUUCAUUUUAAUUAA